UGAAUGAAAAUAAAAGCAAUAGAUUGAUUGUGUUUGAAUUACAUUGUCCACCUAAUUAAUAAAGUGUUUAUACACAGAUCGAAAUUGGAGUGCAGUUCAACACUUAUUGAAAUUUUUUCCAUACAAAGUGAGAAAAGAGUACUUUAUUAGGAUGGAGGUAUAUUCCAAGGAAAUCAUCUUGACACAUUCCAUAUAUUAUGAGAGCGUAUAUUUCUAUACUCUUCUCACACAAAUGCUUGCUAAUAUCAAUUUAAAGUGUGACUAAAUCUUUUUUUUUUUAAUUUUAUUUUUUAACAAACUCUACAUAAAUCCUUUUAGUUAUUAUACUUCGUAUAAAUUUCAAUUCUAUUACGAAAGUUCCACUAAGUAGAUUCACUUCAAUCAAUCGUCACUUUGUCAAGAUCAACCCACAACUUCUCUUAAAUUUCUAAGUUAGACCACCAUAUUAUACUCUCAUGAUCUUCUUCUGAUUAGGAAGAUCAUAAAUACUUAUCUGUAUUGGUUCCAAAACCAUAUAAUCCCACAUGAGAGGUUCGUAUAUACACCCGGAUGUCCCAAUUUAAUUUUUUUUGUUUUUUUUUACAUUAAAGUCCCAUUAAACUUUGCCAGGAGUCCAGUACGUAGAAAAACUACAAUUUCGUGUUGUACUUUGUUAGUUCGUUGUUUAUUUUUAGAUAUCCCCCAAUAAAUAUUUACUACUACUACAUUUAAGUUGUAACUGUUGCAAUUGGACAAAAUUUAUACGGAGUACUCUUCACUUAUUUUACUUUUCUCACUUUUUGUUUCGCCUUCUCCCGCAUUCUCUCUCCGGCGACACCACUACCACCGCCGGCGACGCCGCCGUCAACCGAUCCUCCUCAAUUUCAAGGAGGGUGACAAGAGAAAGGAGGAGAAAAAAGGCAGGAUUUAGCUUUGGAUAUGUCUAUAUUUGAAGGAUCAGAUCUUUUAUUAGACAUGGAAACAAACGCAUGUAAUAAAAAAAGACGGAGGGGUGAAUCCUUUGUUACUGCUCCAGAUAAUAAAGCUGAUGAAGAUUAUGUUUCAUUUUUGGAAGGUUUACAACAGUUUUGGGAAGCGAAGUUUGUGGAGGAUGACGAUGUUGAUCCAACAUAUAUGGAAUUCUUGGGAAACUUGAAGGAGUACAAUAAUGCAUAUAUGUGUGAUGUGUCAAUAGAAAACGGUGUAUUGUCCCCGAUCUAUUAUGAAGAUGAAUACGAGUCACCUAAUCUGAUGAAAAGGAAAACUUCACAACCUUGUUGUGGUACUGUUAUUCAUGAGAAAAGGAACUUACAUCAGGAUGUCGGUUUAAAAUCAACUCGAAAAAAUUCCGGUGUAAAGGAUAAUUCAUGUGAUGUAUUUCCCAGGAGCUUAGAUGCAGCUGAAAAUCCAAAAUCUGGUUGGAAAAAUUCCAAAGCUGGGAAUGUCUCUGAUGGAUUCAAGAGGAAAACUCCUAUAUCUCGCAGGGGUGAUCGUGCUAGGGAGAAUAGGAUCUUAUAUAUUGAUCGUAAUCAGAAGAGUUCUGAUUCCAGGAAUGAUCAUCUCGAGGAGAAUAGGAGUUUAGACAUGGAUAGUGAUCAGAGCAAUUCUGAUUCUGAGAAUGUUCGUCCUUAUGGAAACAAGAGGAAGACUCCACAUUCUAGCAAGGGAAAUUGUGUUAGGGAGAAUAGAAAAUUAGACGUGGAUAGUGAUCAGAUACUAGGUCCAAAAUAUUCUGGAUCUGGGAAAAAGAUGUCUAUAAUAGUUGAUGAAACUUAUGAAACGUUCUUGAAUAGUCUCCACAUCACUGAAGACUCUGUGAUAUAUGAAUAUGGAGACCUACAGCGAAUCUCUUAUGAACCCAAUGAUCAGCAGAAAACUGGUGUUAGAAUUAAGAAAGAUACAAGACCACCAUCAUUAACUCGUAAACCUACAACACCAAUUCCAGUACCACAAACUCCACCUUCUAGAGCAAAAAUUACAUCACAAAAGAAAUCAACUCCAACAGAUAGCCUUAAUACACUAAGCACGUCUAACAAGACGUGCAAAAAGGGGAAGAUACAAAGAGUAGAUUCUUCUGAGUACUGGUACUUGAAUAAAGAGUUACAUCGUUACCUAAGAAGACCCUAUGAGAGAAAGGAGUUUGACGAGCUUUUGGCGGAAUUUAAUUCUAAAAAGCCUGUGUCAAUUUAUAGAGACUCCCGUAGCGGUGGAUCUUACAGGCCGGGACAUAUGGGCAAAUCUUUGCUUGAAAAAUUUCCAGAUCUGAAACUUGAAAUAGAAAAGGCACAACCUAAUCGCCCCAAGGUUUUGAAUCUCCUACGAAUGUGUAGAUUUUAUUUGCAGAAAAUCCCUUCAAUUCCCAGUGGAGUUUGUGAGCCUUGGAAGGAUGACCAGACUAAGAAAAUUUUGCCCAGAUCGUCCUGAAUGCCCAUAAAAUGGUUCCACUUGACUGGUUGUGUGGCACGUCAUGGUUUAUUUUGUAAAAAGUCUCGUAUCUAAUUCUGAUUUUUGCUUCAGUGAACCAUGCUGAUGAUAUACACGAAUGUUAAGCAAAUGGAAGAAAUAGGUUGUAUAUUAGUGAAUCAUCUGGCUCAUUGAAGAUCCCUUUUUGUAUUACAGUAAAACAAGCUUCAAUGUGUAAUAAUAAUAUGGUUACAUCUUAUUACAUACCUGUUUCCACUA